UAGCAGAGUUGUGUGUUGUACGAGGAGUCCCUGAAGGCAGCACUAAAGUUACGGUCAUUGAAAGGAGAAGUCCCGACUAUAGAAAGAAAGAAAGAGAAAGAAAGAGGUGGGGAACAGUUAGAUGAGCCGAGCGGAGGAGGGACUACAAACGAUACAAGACAAGUUAGUCUAAAAAUCCCUCACUGUCGCAGUCUUCGUCCCUCAUCGCAGGAUUUAAGAGACCUCAUCUGAAAGGUAAGCCUCAAAACUCUAAACAGCACCUUUAUCUUUGUUAUGUUGACCGUUAAUCGUUUGGAAAGUUAACGGUUUGUCCUCGUUCACAAACAGGUUUUCCCCCUCAACACUAAACAAGGAAACGUUUCUGUAACUUCUACCUAUCUGCUUCUGUUUAUCUUAGACUAAUAUAAUUGACACAAACUUAACAAAUUCAAUAAAAGGACAUGCUCCGUGUCGAUGUAAUUCGUCCGCUCACAAAGCUGGCGUUGUCGCUGGCUGUGAUUAGCGGUUCGGGGCUGGGCUGGAUGGGCUCUGUCUCCUCUUCAGAACGGUGUUUUUUGAUGCCUUCACGGUCUUAAAAACGUGUUGAGUAGGCCUCUGUAUACCUUAAUAACUUACAACUGAAACUUCUCAUUGAAUGGUAACUAUAAACAGAUUUUCACUUGACUUAUACUGCUUUUGAAAAUGUCUCUAAAUUAGAUUUAUUCUGUAAUUGUGUUGGAAAUGUGCGUCAUUGUCUGGACUCUAAUUAACUCCCACGAACAAUAGGGACAUGCGUGGAGCUACUUUUUCAUUAAUAGACAAUAUGUUGACUUGGCUUGGCUUUCCAAGCUCCACCGAAAAAUGACUCACAUCCUCCAAGGGGGGGUUUCUGCAGAAGUUGGGAUCCAGCUGAUGUCAUGCUGAUGUAACUUACUGGAUAAAAGUAUUUUCUUGUACUUUUCUGAUCCAGGAAACUGAUCAGCAGCAGCAGCAGACAUGGGUGGUGUUGAGGGGGGCAUGAAAUGUGUGAAGUUCCUGCUUUUCUUUUUCAACUUCAUCUUCUGGGUAAGUAGCAGCUAAAAUCACCUUUUAAGUGUUUCUUAUACAAAAAAAUGUAAGAUGUUUUAUAAUGCAAAGUCAAUGAGGUUUGUGGUGGUACAACAUGAAAGCUAUCAGGAAAUAAAGCCAGGUUUUGUUGUCCUUUUUCAAGUGUAAUUGUGUUGGAUCAGCUGAUCUUUUUUUUAAAGCUAGACUAGUUUUGUGACAUUUUUGCCAGCCACAUGACUUUGACCAUGAACUCUGGUUUGUGAGGUUAACACAGUUAAAUCAGCAGAUGAGCAAUUACACGCCUACGCAUGUCCUUUCUUGGACACUGAGAUCAUCUUGCAUGUGUGCUCAAAGUCAAAUACAAAAAAAAAUGGAUGAAACAUGAGGAUAUUUAUCUCACAUGUCCUGGGUUAACCUGAACAUUUCCUGAGUGUCAUGGUUUGCAGCCACUCUGUUGUGUGUGUUUGAGCCGUCGAGCGUGAGGUGUUGAUGUCUGAGCGAGAAUCUUAUGACCAGAUUUUGAAGCGUAACAUAUGACUCGACCAGAUCGUAAUGUUCUCUUUUAUUCCGUUGGUUUCUUUCCUGACACAAUGCCAGAUGAAGCUUUGGACACAGGACAUAGACGUAGGGGGUUUGUGCAGAAAAGUCUGUGCUACUGAGAACAAACCUGAUAAUAAUCAGGGAAGUAAAGAAAAAGGAAGAAUUACUGACCACCCUGACAAGUGCACAUUUCAUGGUCUGCAGCUCUAAAUAUGAUUGAUGCCACCUCUUUGUGUACGGCAUAUAUAAGCUUUUAUGAGAUAAUAAAAUAUCAUGUCAGUUUAAUGUAGACAGUGAGUUUGGAAACUGAUACCUACUUUGAAGAAGUGAGAAAGUUUCGAUGUACUUUCCCAACUUUGAAAGAAGAUCUUAUGUAAUAACAGAAGACAAACAAUAUUCAAGAUUAAAGCUUGAAAUAACAUAAAAUAUCUAUCUAUCUAUCUAUCUAUCUAUCUAUCUAUCUAUCUAUCUAUCUAUCUAUCUAUCUAUCUAUCUAUCUAUCUAUCUAUCGUUUGUAACCUCUAUUCCUGUUAUCUUCUCACAAAAGCUUUAGAGUAAUGUUUAAAGUGUCCAAUAAAUGUCCUACAAAUUUGACACUAAAGCGACAUUUACAUCAUUAUCAUGGCUGUCUUCUCUUCGAGUAGACUUCCUGUGGUCAGAGCUGUACGUGAGAAACAGAUCUGUGACAAACUGUCAUUGAUCACAGGAUAAUUAAUCACCAGCUGUUUUGAAAGAAAUAAAAAUGAUUCAUUGGUUUCUACAGCAGAGAAGGAAGUUUGAUUUCUUUAACUAAUUUUUGGGUUUUGAGAAAAGCAAGACAUUUGAGCACUGCUCUUGGGUGUAUUUUUCAUUCCUGGCAUGUUCAGACGAAAACAGAAGUAUGACGCUCUCAUAAUGGUUCUUUGUUAUUGAAAAUAGAAAAAAUCUUUUGUAGAGAAUCCAGUCAUUAGUUGGCAGCCCUCACACUCUCUUUAUAUACAUCAGAUUAUCUUGGUAAUAGAAAUUUCAACAAUGGAGCUCUCUGUGACUCAGACAGGUUAUGGUUAAAAUAGAUUGUAAGGGCUCACUGACAGAUCUAUGAUGUGAUUUCAUUUUUUCCUGAUAUAUUAUUGUAUCACUGUUAAAACCAUUUGGUUAUGUAAUAAGCCACCUAUUUAUUUAUAGCCCUGACUAACUGUAAUUGUCCCAUUAUUAUGAAUAAUUCAGAUAUAGACCCACAAGGAAGGGGAUUGGAGGGGUUAAGGAAACCGCCCAUUUAUAGGUGAAGGUUGUUAUUCUGUUUUCCUCUCUGUCAUAAUUAUAAUAGCAUGGCUGUUUGAACUCUUAGUGACCAAAAUGAUCAGAUGUAGUGUUAUGAUGUACGCCUGUAACUUUGUUAGUCACAGCCCUGUUAUAAAUGUCUGACAUGUAGUCCAAAGAUGAGCUUUGUUUGCAUUCAAUUUCAGCAGAAAUGUAAUAUUCGAGUGUGUUAUAGUUCCAGACUGGUAGUUCUCUGUUUCCUGCUUCACGUUGAUAAAAAAAGUAGGUCAACUAAAGGUUAAAAAGAUGUAACUUUUAUUCUUAUUGUCCUUUUUUAUGAUGUGCUCCUCUGGGAUUGAUUGAUGCGAUCUGUCGUCACUGUUUACCCGCUCUCUUCACUCCUUUUUGUUUUCUUAAGUCAAUCAUUAACCACCUGUUUGGCCCAUACUCAAAUAUUGACACUGGUGGUGCCGGCAUGGAGAGGUUUUCAGCUGCAGCCUGGGCUUCAGUGGAUACAAACAAGGAGUGGGCUGAUUGUGGAGCAGCUGACAGUGAGGCUGCAGGCUUUUGUGUGGAGCACUUUCCUAAAUUUGGCUUAAAAUUUUAAAUGAGAACAGUAAGAAGCGCUCGGACCAGUUUUUUUUGUCAGGAAGCUGUUGUUACCUGAGGGUUUGUUUGCAGCGACUUCAUUGUUCUGCUUUAUAAUUGAUAUGUUGAAAAAAAACAACAGUUACGGAUUAGUAACUCGCAGCAUUGGCUGUUUUAAGGAACAUAAAGCGAGGGUCACAUUUGACUUGUCACUGUGGUGCAUAUAUGUCAAGCCUGAGUUGGGUUAAAGUCACGCUCUCACUUCCUGUUUGUGUGGGUUUUUUUGCAAGGUGACGCAGAUCAAAGAAGUGAUACAAAACCAAAACUUCACGCAUGUUUUUUCUCUCUGUCAUGAUCUGGUAUGAAGUUGUACCCUUUGUUUGCUUAUCUAUCAAUCUAGAAUUUUAAUCUGCAACAAUUUCAAUGCUCAACUUAAUACUUUUAAGUUGUUUUUAAAGCAAACCUUACUAGAAAUAGCAAUUCCAGCUCUUAAAAUGUAAAUAUGUGCUGGUUUGUAAAAAAAAAAAACAAGGUGUUAAACUUAUAGUCAAAUAAAAAGGAAGUCAAUUUAGGUUGUGGGACAUGGUGUACCUGGUAUUUUUGAGACAUUUAACACCCCAAGCAAUCAUAUUUACAGUUAUAAUUUCAUAGUAAAAGACAUAUCUCUUUAUUUUGUUAUCAGUGCAAGUGAAGUCAUAGUCACACGAUAGGGGAAGAUAGGGGUUUUCCAGAGAAGUAAAUCUUGACAUGUUCAUCAUAGUAAGCACCCCGGGGCGUCCAAAAUAGUCCUGGUCUAUUAAAUCCAGCUCUGAUUGUUCUGUCCUCAUCAUAAGCUCUUCUCUCUAAAGCACCGUCAAAAUAAAAGUCUAUUCAGCUGACUGUGAUGUUUGCUUUAGAGCUUGUUGAUCCCUGCAGAUCAUGGUCAAACACUUCACCCAAGCCGAGUGUUUGCAGAAGAUCUAAUGAAAUACUCUACGCCCCACCCAGAACAAUGACACAAGACUGUCACAUUUUAUCAUCUGAUCAUUUUACAGUGGAACACAGGAACUGACAACUGUCACGGCUUUUGGCCGUCUAUUUAGCAUAACUGCGUUAUCAUUUUGUUGCACAAUGUGUGAGUGGAAGAAAAGAAAUGUUUAAAGUUUUUCCUCUGGUGAAACGCCGUCACUGGAAGACUCGUGUUAUUAGUUAGAAACGAUAAUGGUAGUACCAGACUUGGGAGGCCUGAUGCUGAUUUUGUCAAGAAAAAAUUGUGGUGUAAAGUGAAUAUAUCUUUAUUUGUACUGAUUAACAGUUUUUAUUGUGGUUUAAUUGGCUUCACUGAAGGGGUGGGAGAAAAAAUCGAUACAGCAUAGUCUCGUGAUAAUUUGUCUGGUGAUAUAUCGUAUUGUUUCAUUGACCAAAUAUUGAUUUUUUUCAAAUUUAUUGUUGAUAUGAGGUCAAAUCAGUGAUAAUGGAAAAAUAAAAUCACCUGUUUGUCCGGUGAGGUUGGCAGAGGUGACGUUAUAGAGCAGAAGAAAAUUAGUGCAACAAAUAUAUAGAAUGUUUGCAAGAUGUGCUACAUGAGAAUAAAAUACAAAGAAAAACAAAAUGCUAUAUUAGCUAAACAAUUGAAAAAAUAGUAUAGAUCGCAAUGUUGUUGUAUCGUGGCUCAAGAAUCGUGAUAAUAUCGUAUCGUGGGGCCACUAGUGAUUCCCACCUCUACUUCAUUGUGGUUUAAUCUUGACUGAUGUUUUACUGAGCACGACCCAGAUCAGCAUUAAGUCUCUAAAAAUGCAGGUCCAGAUGUUACCGGUCUUAAUUCUGGUCUCACUUCCCCUUUACUGUCACUCAUCCGGGAAAUAUUUUUGCAUUUCAAAAUCAUUCAUCAUUCAAAAUAAUCCCCCCUCACCUUUGAGUAGAAAGCCUUUUCUCUGCCUUGGCUGAAUAAGGAAUUAGAGAUUUUUAAGGGGCAAAAAAAGACAAAUCAAAUAUUUCCUUUACUGUUCCUAGUAAACACCUACUGUACUCGAGUAAAGUCAAAGAAGUACAGAAAUCCACUUUUCACAACUCAUUGCUAAUCACAGUCGUAAUCCUGUUUAAAUCGGUCAAAUCUGGAAUUGGCACCCCACAUAGUCAGCCUGUUAAUCCUCACCAGAGAAAUGUUUCAACUUUUAAACUUCUAACCCAAAUCCAACAAACCCAAGGAGAUUUCUCAACAAUUUAGCUCAAAGUUCAGGAAGUUUUAUCUUGACUUUUGUCCUCCCUUAACUCUAAACCAUUUCAUCGAAAUCUCCCUGGCAACUCUGGAACACACGGACGCUCGUCCUAAAUCAUCCACCUGCCAGUCAGAUUGUUUACCUACCUGGUUUAAACAGCUGUGUUUCAGACAGCUGGUCCUCUAUGGAAAUUAUACCUCCGCUACCACCCUGAGCUAACUCCGCUCUCUCCCCCCUGCAGUUAUGUGGCCUUGCGUUGGUUGUCGUGGGAAUCCUGGGCCAAGUGGCUUUGCACAACACCAUCGAGAUUAAGAAUGUGUCAGCUUCAGGAGCUCCCAUUGUCAUCAUUGGGGUCGGUGUGGUGAUUUUCCUCAUCGCCUUCUUUGGCUGCUGCGGAGCCUGGAAGGAGAACUACUGCAUGGUGACAACGGUAACUUAUUAAGUAAUGUCUUAUUAAAGGUGUAAGAACAGAAAAGCCACACUAAUGUCUUUAUGUUAUCAAGUUUAAUGUCAGUAAAUGUCAAUUAAAAGCGCACAUUUUUAUCUUUAUUUCUUCAGUUUGCCGUUCUUCUGUCCCUGAUCAUCAUCGUUGAGAUUGGAGCUGCCAUCGCUGGAUACAUCUUCAGAGGCAAAGUGAGUAUCUUAUCAUUUCACUGUUUUGUUUGUUAUUUGUGAUCCUACUGGAAGUUCAACAUUUCCUUGUUGUGUCUCCCUUCCAGAUCUCAUCGGUGGUCCAGGACAGUCUUGUUGAAAUGAUCUCCAAGUACAACAGUACAGAACACUUUAGAGAUUCGGUGGAUAAACUGCAGAAGGAUGUGAGUUUAGUAUCAAGUCUCGCUCUCUGUGUUUACUUUACUCUGACAACACCUUCAUAUAACACUGCUGCAUCCUGUUGGUCCGAGCUGCAUGACCUGACAAUGUUUUUCUUUUGAGCCACCUGUUGACACAAGCUAUAUUCCACUACACACAGGUUAUCCCACUACUGUAUGGUUGGCACGUCCAUAUUAAUUGGUUUUCCUCUGACUUGUUUGCCCUUCCAGUUGAAAUGCUGUGGCGUGAACAGUUCUGCUGACUGGAAGAACUACCGACCUGACAGAGAGUCUGUGCCUGACUCAUGCUGCGUGAAUUUCACCAAAGGGUGUGGAGAUGGAGCCUUGAAAGACCCUUCCAAACUGUUCAAGGAGGUAAACUGCUGUGGUUGAUUUCAGUAAACAUAGGAUUAAGAUAGAAUUAAAACCCGUAUGAUUUCAAAACUUGGGGAUUUGGCGGGUCCCAUGGUUGCUGGUAGCAACUGCAAGUGUGAUUAAAGGUUACAGCAAACAGUCAUUUGGCAGCUCCUCUAUCAAAGACUCAUACAGUGACGUUGGCUGGAGUGAAGUCAACCCACACAAGCAUCAGAAAGACGCCUAACUGUAUGUGUUAGCUUGUCCCAUGCAUGCGUAAGAGCAUGUGUCACAGGGAAACACCUUCACAGUCCACACGAAGAGUUUUUACAGUACACCACACAGAUGUUAGUGGACAAAAAUCUGCAAACAUCAGCUUUACUGUUCACUAAUAUAAAGAUACACUCACCUGCCACUUUAUUAGAUACACCUGUUCAAUUGCUCUUUAACACAAAUAGCUAAUCAGCCAAUCACGUGGCAGCAUCUCAAGCCAUUUAGGCAUGGAGAUGUGGGAAUAAACAGGGAUUCAAGUGACUUUGAACGUGGCAUAACCAGUAAAAUGGUCCUCUAAUGGACUUAAAAUUGUUAUGAAAUGUAUUCAAACAUCAAUAUUUGAAGAGUUCACAUUAAAAAUUCAAACUCUCUCUAAAAUUGCUCAUCUGAAGCUCCUCAUUAGCUUAAUAAUUCAUCAAAACAGGAGGCAGAUGGAUGAUUUAUUAUUUAAUCAUUUGUUUGCACAGAUCUUGGCCAUGUACGUUUCGGUCCCUACAUACACAAAUUGCUAUUUCUGUGCUUUUGCCUAUUAUGUACCAUAUUCUCUGUGAAUAAUCAGCACACAAACCUGGUGUUACAGAAAUAUCAAUACUCACCUAAUAUCUAUCCUGGUUAAUUUAACAGCCGAUUUUUAGCAUGGAGUGUAAAAGGCGGGGUACUGUGCCAAAAUUAUGGAGAAUCGUGCUCCCCCGUCUCCUACAGCAGCCGGUUUAAUCCAACAAGUAUUAACAGUGAAAAACAACAAGUAAAUUCAAGAUGAUUCAUGACAUUAAAACUUAAAUACAGUUCAAAGUAAAGAGUCACACUUAUGAAAAAGAAAUUGCUGCUCACUGAAAAGUAAACAGUCAGUGGAAACUGGUCUCACUUGGGAUUAUGUUACUCUUUGCCAAACAGGUGUGUAAAGUUGUGUGAGUCUUAACAAAUACGUGUGACCCUAACAAGAAUAUCUGACCCCAAACAUUUAACUAACAAAAAAGGAUAUAUCUGUUCAUUCAAAUGUGAUAUGACUCAUAAGGUGAAGUUGUCUUUUUGUGAUAUGCGCUAAAUUCAGGGUUACCAUUUCAGUGCUACUUCCUGGGAUUAUACAAAAGCCAAAUAAAGGAACUGGUGUAGAUGUCCCGUAUGUAAAGAAAAGUAGGUUUAUUAUUGGAUUUAUUGUCCAUAAAGCAUUUGGGCUUAUUGAACUUUGAAUUAUUGAGGAAGUUAAGUCAAGGUCAACAAAAUGUGAUUGUUAAUGUUUUACCAGCGGGUUUCUGUAACAUAUUUAGAUCAGCUCUAACUCUUCCUCUCCUGUACAGGGCUGUCAUGAUGCUGUGGAGGCUAACCUGAAGAAAAACAUCCAGUGGGUCAUCGUUGCAGCUCUUAUUAUUGCUUUCCUGCAGGUAUGAAGCGUCUUUGAAUAUGCAGCAUCACUAUACUUUAACUAAACCCACCUGAAUGUUUGACUGAUUUUAGUGUUUAAUAUCCUCUCCCUCUUCUGCUCUUUCCUUUCAGAUAAUGGGCAUCGUGUUCGCCUGCUUGUUGAUGAGAGGCAUCCGCAGUGGCUACGAAGUCAUGUGAUCCAGGCUUUCAGCAAAUUUCGAGGAGCUCCAUUUAAAGGGCCUUUUGUAUGUUAAAACUUAAAAUACCAGGCACAGAACAAUUUAUUUUCCUGCAAAUUGGUUUGGAUUAUAUUUUCAUAGGUUACAAAUAUCCCAGCUUUUAUACUCUAUGUGAUUAGAACUUAAAUGAUAGAAACCAUUAACGGUCAGUAGAAGUUCGUCGAUGUAAAUUGUUGGUUUUCUAACUUCUUUCACUUUGCUUGGUAUCUGUUUUGGUGCAGUUUUUACAUUUUUCUGGUUAUGAGUUCCUGUUUUUAUUAAGACACUUUAAAUUAUGUUGCUUUUGCUUGAAGAUUAAAGGAAAGAGGCGAAACAAACGGAUCAUAAAGGGUUUUUAAUUCAGACACGGCUCUAUUACAAUGUUUAUCAUAUUGGCACAGCAACACAACAUUUUAACCUGUAGAGGAAAAAAAAAUGCUUUACAAUAAAUCAUAAACAGAACAGAAUUUAUGUUUCUGAUGUAUUGUGCCCUUCAUGCAAAAGGCACACAAAGAAAUGACACUUCCUAUUUUACACUUUACAACACCAAACGCGGGUGAAGGGGAUGUGCAGUUCCUGUAAGCCCUAACUGAGACGUGUGCAGAUGUUUUUCAAACAAAUUUGUGCUGGAGUGAAAGCGACCGCAAAGUCGACCACGUCUCAAACCUCCAAAGAAAGAAACAAAUCAAGUAAACAUUAAAGUGCCAUCACGACUCUGUUCAGACAGCCUGUCAGUACUGAGCUGCACAACAAGAGGAUUUUAAUCUACCACAACAUAUUCAGCUCAGACGUCUUUGCAAUUAAGCAACAAUUUGGCUUUUUUUUUCUCUUUUUAGACUCUUUUAAAGGUGCAUUUGUUAAAUCUAAUGACUUCUUUCACAUCAACCACUUCAACAUAUUUGACAAAAAAAAAAAAAAGCAUUUCCUUCCCCGCAACAAAAUUCGGCUUUUAUAGAAUAACUAUAUCAUGACCUGCAUACUUCAAUAUAACAAGCAAAGCACAAAGUGAGGUAAAUGUUUGAGGAGAGAGUUGAACUUUGAUAUGAUAAAACAUGUAAAAAAAAAGGAUUGUUAACAUGCUCACAUAAAAGCUCUUUUACCUGUGUUUCUAUGAAAGGAAUGUGUCUGAAUAGGUUUAGCUUUGUACAGCAGGAAAUGUGCUGCUGAAAUUCUACUAAACAGGAUCCUCUUUGUUUCCCUGCUUUGCUCUGUAGCUGUGUAAUAAUAUGUUAAGAGUAAACAAUGACCAGUCUGUGCUGUACAGACAAGCUUGAGAUAACUGGUAAUCAUGUCAUUACCGUAACAUCACCACUUAUUAUAGUUCAGUGCAUUUUAAUGUUAAGUCCCUUGUGAGUGCCUGAAUGAGAACUCUUUCACUUUUUAAGUCAAAAUAAAUCUCUCUUAACGUGCUUUUUUACAAA